CACCGCGCACCGCGAGGUAGAAGGAGGCGCUGAAGGAGAGAAGAACCCGCUGGUGGAGGUGGAGGAAGAAGAAGAGAAGGAGGCAGCGGGAGGAGGGAGGAGGAGGAGGAGGAGAACGGAACACGAGAGAUCGGCAGCACAGUUUCGUGUUCAGCUUAGCUCGGUUCGGCUCUCGGCUUCGUGGUAUCGGAAACCUCGAGGUACCUCGAGGAAGGAAAAGAGUUUCGACGAUCCCCGUAUACGCAUUCCCCUUGGACAGUCUCGCGCACUUGGCCUCACCUCACGAAAAGUCCAGAGAGUUGCGAUCUCUCCCGUCCUCUCUCCGCCCGCUCGCGAGAGACGCGAGAGAUUCCUGGUCGCUCGAGUGGCGACUAGAAUACCUGUUGCUCCGCGAGAAGAUCGGCGACGUGUUGGUGCGCAGUUCGCGGACGAAACAGCGGCGGCGAAGGUGACGCGUACAGAAAUCAUGGGGACGAUAUGGCGGCAGUCAAUGAUGACGUUCUUGUUAAUGAUGCAUUCUGCUCUGCUUAAUGCUCAUCGUGAACAUAAGGUUCACAACAUCGUGUUGUAUCCCGAUAAGCACAGCUGGUGCAAGACAACGCCUAUAAAGCAAGUAGUGACGUGGCCCCAGUGUUCUUCGCAAGAAUUGGACAAUAAUGUAUGCGUCGGCGCUUGUUUCUCAUACAUGGUCCCUCAUAGCGAACCAUCGGCACCCGGUGAUCUUAUAAGACCCUAUUGCGACUCCUGUCAACCCCUGGACAGCGUUUGGCACACUGUUACGCUGGACUGCAAGGACGAGCAGAACAAUCCGGUGACCAUGCAAAAGAAAGUCCAGAUUAUCACAAAUUGUUCCUGUAGCUCCUGCAUGGAAACCUCGAAGAUUAAGCCGGACUACAAUACCCUGCUGCAAUCUCUAACCGAGGAGAACUUGGACAAGAAUGUGAAUGUGGCGCACGAGACGCCUGAUUUACUGCUGGACCCGAACUUAAACGCCUCCAAGAACACGACGCGAGACGGAUCGCAGACCAACGAGCGGUUCCAACUCGUCAAGAAAUUGAAGAACUCACAAAAAUUGGACGAGUCUCGCAUGAAGGAGUUGUUCUCCAAGUCUGAGGAGGAGGUUGAUUUGGAGAAGCUGAACGAGAUGAUCAAGAAGUACAACCAGGAGGACGAGGAGGGCCAACACGAGCAUCAUCAUCAGCACCAGCACGAGCAUCAGCAUCAGCAUCAGCAACAGCAGCAGCAGCAGCAGCAGCAGCAGCAGCAGCAGCACCUUCAUCGCGGACCGCAUCACUCUCUGGUCUUAGACUCGGAUGUGAAAGAGAAAAUCGACGUAGAGCCGCAUUAUCUGCAUCCGGCCGUCGCCGGACAAGAGAUCAGUUAUCACGAUAACAUCCUGGUAGGUAAGGAGAAGAAGAAGAACUUCUAA